GCGGGAGCGGGAGGGAGGACAGCAGUGCCAGGGCCAGCCCCGGAGCCGCCGCACAUCCCUCACCGCUCCCCGGCCCCGCUGCCCGCCAUGGGGAGCCGCAGCCUCCUGGCCGCCCUCCUCGCCGCUGCCUUCGCCUCCCUCCUGCCGCCCCCCGCCGCCCCCUCGGGCCACCGCAAGCUCCUGGUGUUCCUGCUCGACGGCUUUCGCUUCGACUACAUCGACGACAGCGAGCUGGAGGGUCUGCCGGGCUUUCGGGACAUCGUGAACAUGGGGGUGAAGGUGGAUUACAUGACGCCAGACUUCCCCAGCCUCUCCUACCCAAACUACUACACGCUGAUGACGGGUCGCCACUGUGAAGUCCAUCAGAUGAUUGGAAACUACAUGUGGGACCAAAAGACAAAUUUAUCUUUUGAUAUUGGUGUGAAUAAAGAAAGCAUGCUGCCUCUCUGGUGGAAUGGAUCGGAGCCUUUGUGGGUCACAAUGAUGAAAGAAAAAAAGAAUGUUUCCAUGUACUACUGGCCAGGUUGCGAGGUCGAAAUCCUUGGGGUCAGACCAAGUUAUUGCCGUGAAUACUUCAGCGUCCCAACAGACAAAAACUUUGCAGAUGCCAUCAGUGAUGCUCUCGAGUCUUUGCGCAACGGCAGCGCCGAAAUGGCUGCUGUGUACUACGAGCGCAUUGACGUGGAAGGCCACCACUACGGCCCUUCGUCCCAGCAGCGGAAGAAUGCUUUGAAGGAGGUGGACAAAGCCUUGAGCAACAUGAUCACGCUCAUCAAGAGCAUGGGUCUUCAGCAUGAUGUCAACGUUCUCCUCUUCUCUGAUCAUGGGAUGACAGACAUCUCUUGGGCGGACAAAGUGAUAGAGCUGAAAAACUAUAUCAAUAUGAGUGAUACCAUACAAAUGAAGGAUCGAGGUCCUGUUGUGAGCCUCUGGCCAGCUCCAGAGAAGCACGCAGAGAUAUAUCAAAAACUGAAAGCUGUGGAACACAUGCAUGUUUAUAACAUACAGGAUAUUCCAGACAGGUUUUUCUACAAAAAAGGAAAAUUUGUGUCUCCUCUAACUCUCGUGGCCGAGAAAGGAUGGUUCAUAGUAGAGAGCAGGGACAAGCUGCCCUUCUGGGAGAACGGGACGGGGAGGAAGGAGGCCUGGCAGAACGGCUGGCACGGCUAUGACAACGAGCUCAUGGACAUGAGAGCCUUCUUCAUCGCAUAUGGACCAGAUUUCCGAUCCAACUUCCGAGCGCCUCCCAUCAGAUCCGUGGAUGUUUACAACAUCAUGUGCAGCCUGGCAGGAAUACAGCCGCUGCCCAACAAUGGCUCCUGGUCCAGGGUGGAGUGCAUGCUCCGAAACACGGCCCCCUUGGCACCGCUCCCCCUGGGCGGCAGCUGUGCCCUGGCGCUAGCUCUGCUCUCCCUGUUCGCCCGGCAGAUCUCCUUACUGUGAUCCCCGAACAAUGUUGGUCAGUGUCACCGGCAACUCCAUCCUUCUCUUUUUUUUUUUUUUUUUAAAGUUCUUCGUUUGAAUAAUAGCUUCAUUAAUAGAGUGCUGUCCCCCACUCCUCCGUCGUGCUCCACCAUGCGUGAAUUUGGCCCAUCCUGCAUUUACAGUGGUUAUAAUGUAAAGCCGGGUUUUGUGCUGCUCCAAACACAGCCAGAAAAGUUGGUGUCGCUACUCUAGAUUUAUAGCACUGGCAAUGAGAGCAGAAUCCCGGCUGGCUAUCCGCAAAAUUUUCUGGUGUGUGCACGUGGAUAUCUCUGAGCAUCAAAUACAUCUUACCCCAGCAUCUUUAACUGAGAGGCUCACCCUGGCUCCCAGUACUGAGAAGCUCAGGCAUGGAGAUAGACCUCUCUGCAUUUAACUGGGUUCUUUCUGAUUCACUCCUUCAGCUCCAGCUCCACCACCAGCAGAGCCCCACCUUCUCCUUACAGUGCCAGCCAAGCCCCGUCUAUACCGACCCGUUCGUCAAAGAGCCAAGUGCUUUGCUGAGUAAUCAUAAUGCCGAGAGAGGUGGAUCGGCGGGAUUGUAGUGAGAGCAUCCUACUUCUCCCAGCCUUCCCUUCUUCAUUUUCCCCAAAGCGAGACGUGGCCCUGCACACCUCCAGGGCCCGGCUUUCCUCACGGACCACGGCGGGGGGGGGCUGGGAAAGGGGAGAACGAUAGAAAUCCUCCACUUCAAAAACAGGAGGAAAGUGAAGAGGCAUCUGGACACUCAGGGGUCAGGAGAAAGUAGGAUGAGGAAGCCUGGCAUUUAACAGCCUCUCUGCUUUUUCUGGUGAAGAGAAUAUCAUCUGCUCAGGUUUUAGGGUUUUGUACCCAAUUGUGUUCCUGAAGGUUUUUCAACACUUACUGCUUUUCUACCAGCUCUUGCUUUCUACACAUCCGCCCGGUGAGCAGCACAUUCCCCUUUAUUCUGCAGCAGGGAGAGAGGUCUACACUGAUGGAUCUCCCACCCUCUCAGUUAAUCCUAGCUAAUAUUUCCAUCACGGCCUAUCAAGCCCAAACAAAGUUGUAACGGUAAAGUUAAAUAGCAGGAGAGGAUAGAGCUGUUGUCAGAGGUGCCUUCAGGAGUGCUUGGCGCUUUUUCUGAUAUACCUCUGAACCAAGAGCUUUCAGUGACAAACUGCCUUUGGAAGGAUUUAGUUCCCUCCCCGUGCAAAAUAAACCUUUAGGACUUACUAUUCUUAUGGAUCCAGAGUCAAGCACGAUCUGGGUAUGUGUGGUACCAUGAGUUUAAGGGUGAAUGAUUACACCGUGGAAAAAAAACCAAACACCAAAUUAAACUUGACAAAAGACUUCUGUAAUAGCCGUAAAGAUUUAUGUAAUGUGUUUUUAAAGCUCAAGUGAACCAUCAAAUCAAUUGGGGAAAAAAAGGGAGAAAAUCAGUCUUUGUUAUUAGACUGUUGAGUAUAAAAGGCAAUUUAGUGCUUUCGAAGCAUUUGCAGUAGCUGUAAAACAAGCACCUAUUGUUCAGAGUUCCCUGUUGCUCUUUAAUGGACCAGGCUCGAUGAAUUCACUGAAGCACAUUUUUAAAGCAAAAAAAUUAUCAGUAUACAAGAUAACCAAAUGACUAAAUUACCAAGUUUUGUUUGAAAGUCAACAGGAUAGAUACAGUCAGUGCCUGUUAGUCCCUCCACAGCCUGCCAUUUUAACUCUUACAGUGAACAGAACCCAAGGUCCUCUUACAGAAGAAAAGAUCCUAAAAGUAUAAGGGUAUAUUCAGACUCUCAAUUAUACAAACAGAAGUUGGAAAUAACAAAUCAGGUCCACUGAGUUGUUCCAGGGAUGAGCCAUGACACAUGAAACCAACAUUGAUCCUUGCGAGUACUUUGUGUAACUCAUAGUAGUCAGUGUCCACAUGCAAAUACUGCAGAGUAAAUCUAAUUGCAAUAUGAUUUGUUUGACCUUAAUGCAAGCAUUGUGUGUAUGGCAACACACCUCAAAAGAUACUUGAUCUGUAAAAGGGAAAUUUGACAGUAGACCUGCAAGAAGCUCAUUAGCGUCAGGAGAACUACAGCUGAUCAUUUUUUGAGAAGUGCAUCUUUCUUCCUCAGAAAUGUUGUACCUCUGAAUCAGUUCACAUUCUCAUUCAAAAAUCAAGUGUCUUGACUCUCGCCUAUUUUUCUGUAUACUAUGCAACAGGGGUGGGUGUAUUUUAAAACGUAUUUCUGAAUGACGUUUUUAUACAAUGACUGAUUGUGAAUGAGUGAAUAAUUCUAAGAAUGGUGUUAGGAAAAAUAAAGCAUCUUUUUGUAAAUACUGUAAGAUUUUUGAAAAAAAAAAACCCCAAACAAAAAACACCCCUGUAACACCUUGCCUUUCUUGUUUGAUUGCUGCAUCAAAGUGUGAUAAACAGUGUUUGAAGCUUGUGCUGAUUAAUCAUCAGAAAGAUGAAUGAUAACAUUGUUUAGAAAUGGCAAAGUUGUCAGCAUGUAAAUUAGGGACAUUAAAUGCAUCACACAAGA